AUGUCGAAAUUGUCAAAGAGCACUUGCUUUGUUGGAGUGGAUGUUGGGACUGGCAGUGUCCGAGCUGGUGUCUUUGACGACGCUGGGCAUUUGCUCGGAAGUUCAAGCAGCAGCAUUUCCAUUCGUCAACCAGAACCAGGGCAUUUUGAACAGAGUUCUGAGGAGAUUUGGAGGGCGUGUUGCACUUCAGUUCGCCAAGCUUUGCGCCAAUCAUCAAGGAGUUCAGAGGAUGUCGCAGGCAUUGCAUUUGAUGCGACUUGUUCGUUGGUAAUUCAGGGCAAUGUGCCAUUGUCGGUGGGACAUGAUCUUCCGGACGAUGUCCCUUGCAGAUCUGGAGCUGGUUAUGAUAUAAUCAUGUGGUGCGACCAUCGAGCAACUCAAGAAGCAAGUAUGAUAAACGAGUCCAAGCACAGAUUGUUGGACUUCGUGGGUGGGAAAGUUUUUCCAGAAAUGGAGUUGCCCAAGCUGGCAUGGCUGAAAAAAUAUAGGCCGGACACUUAUGCCGCGGCCACUCAUUUUUAUGACCUCGCAGAUUACUUGUUGCAUAGAGCUUCUGACUUUGGUGGAGAGACUGCAGCUGGCAUCCGCAGCCAGUGCACCGUGGUUUGCAAGUGGAACUUUGAUGCGGAGAAGAGAGAUUGGGCUCCAGACUUCUUUGAGAUGUCAGGCUUGGGAGAUUUGCAGACCAGCAAGAUUGGCAAGGGUAGUGAUGUGAAAGGCCUUGGCAGUGCGGUCAGCCUCGGCCAGAAGGCGGCGGCUGAUCUCGGACUGUCAAAGUCAACGACUUUGGGAGUUGGAGCCAUUGAUGCUCAUGCGGGCGGCCUUGGCUGUUUGGGUGCAGCACCUGCAGAUUCCUGGCCGCCACUGGAAGCACGCAUGGCCUUGAUUGCAGGCACCUCUGCUUGUCACAUGACUUCAAGCAGCAAGGCUUUUCUGAUCCCAGGUGUUUGGGGACCCUUCGACUCUGCCAUGGUGCCAGGGCUUUUUCUGCAUGAGGCAGGGCAAAGUGCCGCCGGGGCUGCAUUGGAUUAUGUCAUGGAAACACAUCCAUCUUUUCCAGCGUUAGAGAAAAAGGCCAGUGCCGCUGGAGCAAAGCCUGUAGAUUUUCUUUGCGAACACAUUCUGGCAUUGGCAAAACAGCGCAAUACAAGUCAGGUGUCAUUUCUGACGCGUGGCAUAUUUGUUGGUCCAGACUUGAAUGGCAAUAGAUCUCCAUUGGCAGAUCCUUCAUUGCGAGGCAGCAUCAUAGGUUUGGGCCCUGCAGGAGAUAACAUGAGAGCUACUUCCAUCGAUGCACUUGCAGUUCUUUAUUUGGCCAUGGUGCAAGCGCUUUCGUACUCAACACGAGCAAUCGUGGAUACCAUCAAUUCAUCUAGGGCAAGGGAAGGUAUUACAGCCAUUCACGCAGUUCAUGUUUGUGGUGGGCUCGCCCAAAACAGUCUCUACCUUCAAGAGCAUUGUGAUGUUCUUGGUUUGCCUUUUUGUUGCACUGACAACCCUGGUGCCGAUGUCAUUCGUGGUAGUGCCAUGUUAGCAGCAACUGCAUCUGGUGAAUUUCAAUCUGUGUACGAAGCCAUGCGAGGAAUGUCUCAAACAGGGAAGCUAUUGGAACCGACAAGUGACAUAACUUUGAAAGAAUACCACAAGGCUCGAUAUGAGAUAUUUCUACGCAUGCAAAGAGAGCAGCAGGAAUACAAUUCUAUCGAAUCUCAGGUGUUCGAAGCUCAUGCCAAAAGGAUCAAAAGGCCCAGAGAGGAGUUGAAGCCUCAUCUUCCUCCAGAAGCCAAGACAGAAGAUUUCGAGGAUUUCCUCGCUUGGCUUGACCAGGAGAAUAAGGCAUCUCCAAUUCCAAGGCCCAAAGAUCCAAGACUCAGCCAAACUGUUGCUGGGGUGGCCUUCAAGGAAACAGAGAUGGUGAGACUGUGCGCUCUUGAGAAGAGGCCGGAGCUAAACGGCUGCAAAGCUGAAGUGUUGCGGGUCAACGAUCCUUCCCAGCCUGGGAGAAUCGUCGUGAAGCUGGAGUCUGGAAGCCAGCUGGCAAUUCGCCCCGAGAAUUUGCAGCAAAUUGUUGCAGCGAGUCCGGAUCUUCGUCCGAAGUCUCCCAAGUCCCCAAAGUUAUCGGAAAAGCCUGCAGAGCCAGCCAACAAAGCUGCAGGUCCCGAUCCUGCCAAGAGCAGCGUCUUUGGGGCGGCGUUUGCCAAGCUGAAAGCAAAGGCCGAGGCAGAAGCGCGAGGCGAACUGCCGGAAAGGAAGAAACCUCGUGAAAAGGAGGAUUUGGACAAGCGAGGUGGUAUUGGAAGCAGCUUACCUGCGGGACAAGCCAGGCGUGAACUUGUAAUGGGAUCAUCAACGACGCCAACACAGAGCAAGGAUAGCAAGGAGGUCCAAGAGGAAGACGAGCCUGCAAAGAAACGUGAUCCCAUCACUUUCGUGGCGGCAGAGGGCAGGCACGAGCCUCCAAGCCGCAAGGUGACUGUCAUUGACCCAAGACGGCCCAAAAGACAGUUGGAAGAGGAAUCGGAUGACGAGGAUGUUGGGAUUCCAGGCGUGGUACGACCUCAGUGUCCCCCUGGGACGAAGGAGAAUGGUGGACCUCCAAGACAGCCUACAUCGCCGCCACAGAAGGCAGCCAAGGCCACUCCAGAGCCUGUGUGCCAAAUGCCAGCUGCUCCACCUAGAGGUUUAGCAAAGACGGUGCCCACUUCACCAGUGCCGAGCAAGACCUUCGCCUCUCCUUUGCGACGCCCAAACAUGCCUUUGCAGAACAUGACGCUUGUUGUUUCGGAUGGCGCAAGAGAGGCAGACAAGGCUGUCUAUGACAGAAGGAUGACAGAAAUUGUGUUGACCUUGUUGUUUGGGUUUGGAGAUGCUGUUUUGAAGGCCCAGAAGGAAUUGGCGGAGAAGAAGCGGGCAAUGGAGGAUGGCAAGAGGCCAAUUUACUUUUCUUCUUAA